AAACCUAAAUCAAAUCAAAUCUAAAACCCUGUCAAUUAGCAUUCGUUAGGGUUUAUAUUAUUCCUCAUGUGGCCUAGAUCCCGAGCCGUUUCCGGCUGCCUCCGCCAUUUCUCGAAGGCGGUGCGGCGGCGCGCGGAGGACGAAGGUGACUGGCUCUACUCCUCCGAGUGGUGGGGCUCCGACUCCGAUGACGGUCACACUGUUCUCCGAUCAACUUCCGGCAAGGGAAACGGCGUCGUUUCUGUCCUUGCCUAUCCCUCCUCCAGACCCAGCAGAAUGCAUUGGUCAGGAAUGGAAAGGUGGCUGCAGCAAAGGUGUGAGGAGGUGUAUCCUGGAUAUGGGAAUGGAGGGAGGUUGAGGGUACUUGGAUACCAAUGGAGGGUGCUUCGUUUCAACGAUGUUACUAGACAAAGCACUGCAAAAGUAAUGGCUGCUUAUCGUGAAAACACGCCUGGUGUCGUCUACCUCAUGCAGCAACCCCAUUGCUUGGCUGUUCCAUACUUGAAGAGUAUGGUAUCAGCUGGUUUGACUACAAUAGCCUCGUGUAAUUUUGAUAUUAUGAGUGCUCUGCAGGGAAAGAAAAAUAUGCACAUUUUAUGCAUUGGGAAUGGUGGAGGAAGUUUACCACUGUUUUUGGCAAGUAAAGUCCAAGGUGCCAUUGUCCAUAUAGUUGAAAUCGAUCCCCUUGUUAUUUCAGCCUCAAUUCGUGCUAUGGGGUUCCCGGCUUUCUCACUUGGGACACAAUCAGGUGACCGGGCUGUUGGAAAACCUGAUGUCAUUGAUGAAAUAAUGUGGAAAGGCAUCCAUGAAAGAAUUUACCUUUAUGAAGGAGAUGCUGAGGAAUUUAUUGUUAAUAAUACCAAUCUAUACGAUAUGGUCUUUGUUGAUGCUUAUGAUGGUGAUGAUAUAUUUCCCCACAAGUUAUGGAGCCCAGAUUCACUAUUCCUUAAAGCCCUCAGUAAUCGACUUCAUCCCAAACAUGGCACUGUUGUGGUGAACCUGCAUUCUGACUCUGAUGUUUUGAAUUAUGAUGGAUCUUUUCCAUCUGAGCUUGAGCAAAUUUUACCAAUGGGAAAGUAUGUCUCUCAAGUUUGCCAAGCAUACAAAGAUGUGCUAGUGGGAAAAGGAGGUUCUGGUCUUGCUUUUACUGUUGCAGUUCCGUGGGUCUGUAAUACGUCUCUGAUUGUGUGUAGAGGUUUUGGUAUAGAUAGUAAGUAUUUUCAUCGGGACUUUGUUAUUAACACUCUUAUUUCCAAAUCCCGUGAACUGGAACAUGUUAUGGACUUGCCAUUCUCAUGUUUGGAAUAUAUAAAAAGUGGUUUUAUUCUUGUUGACUAACUUUGUAUCACAAUGUUAAUGGUUGUCAGCAUUCAGCAAAUUCUCAUUCAGUCUCAGUUACUAUGAAUCAUGUUCUUUACUAUUCUCCGUUGUCAGUGGAAAAACAUGUUUCAACUG